GCUCGCUUCUAAUUCAGCAGUAGCACCAGUGACAUCAAAGCGAUAUAUUACGAUUUCAAAAAUUGCGUUGUACACCGUAGCGAUAACGCGUACAGUGUAUUGUGAAUCGUCGUCUUUCUGGAAAUACGUCCACCUUUUCCAAACCAGUGCACCAUGACGGACGUUUAUACGGCCGAUGAAGUCGCGCAUCACGAUCAUGAGGGGGAUUUAUGGAUAGUGAUACAUGGGAAGAUCUACAAUCUCACGUCGUUUCUCAAGGAGCAUCCUGGCGGCGAGGAGGUGCUGCUGGCGCUAGCGGGAGAAGAUGGAACAGACUGCUUCGACAGUAUCGGUCAUUCUCAGGAGGCGUUGUUACUGCGAGAGAAGUUUUAUAUCGGAGAGUUAGUUGGCGGCCCGAGAAGUCAACCAAGCAGAAAGCAGGAAACGAAUGCAGGUAGAUUGUACGAAGGAGAAGUAGCUAAACAUCGCCGAGACAUGGCUGGAGAGAAGCAAUUCACGAGGAGCGAGAUCGAGAAAAACAAGGAUAUCGACAAGGUCUACUUGAUCCUGCACGAUAAAGUGUACAACGUUCACAGUUUUCUCAACGAGCAUCCGGGCGGCGAGGAGAUAUUGCUGGAUCACAAAGGCAAGGACGCUUCCGAGGACUUCGACGAUGUCGGGCAUUCGAACGAUGCCAUGGAGUUGAUGAAAAAAUACCAUGUUGGCGAGCUCACCGAAUCGGAUAAGACGAACAAAUCGCCGAAGAAAGGCUGGGUCGCGGGAUACAACAAGGAUGCGGAGAAGAGCGGUAAAGAAAAAUCCAAUUCUAUCUACUUAAUCGUCGCCGGAAUCGUGCUAGCAGUCGCCCUCAUAUAUUACGUGUAUUAAUCAGCAGAAUGUGUGAAUGUGUAAGACUGUGACAAGUGGAAGAAGUGAGAAUAUUAUUCUUGUAUUAUUACCGUAAUUUCUCUACGUUUUCCAAAGCGUUAUUAUAAUUAUUAAUUUCUUGGAUAGACAAGUUUCACUUUGUAUAUGUAUUUUUUUUCUCUAGUUCUGUCUUGUUCUGCGUUUAACCGGGUGCCGUUAAUAUUAUUAUAAUUAAUUUCUUGAAUAGACAAGAGAGAGUUUCACUUUGUAUAUGUAUUUUUUUUCUCUGGUUCUGUCUUGUUCUGCGUUUAACCGGGUACCGUUAAUAUUAUUGAAAUAUGCAAUAUUUAUAUAAAAAAUACGUCUACAUGUAAAUAAUAUACAGAUGAGCAUAAUUUUUUAUAGCUAGCAAUUUUUUUAAGCAUACUUUGAUACACGCGCCUAGGCGCUUCAUAGUUUAAUUGCGAUGCACACUGUUACGUAAGCCACGAAGCAAAAACAAAUUUUAUCUUAUCAGAAUGAUUUCCAUUUAGAACAUAGUAUGAGUUAUUUUAACGAAACAAUUUGUACGCGAACAAAAACUUUACAAUAACGAUUACAAAAUAGAAACAGAAAAACUGA